AGUAGGGAUGGAUGGCGCACAGGCCCCUCUGAAAGGACAAUAAUAAAGCACAAAGACGCUGCUCCUGAAGACUCGAUGUCCCAGCUGAGAAGCAUAUGUCCAAAUAUCUGGUUUUCUCACAGCAAGUCCCUGAAAUCCAGUCAAUGAAGUCCCCACACACUCUCUCUUCCUGCUCUGAAUGGAGCCACUCUAAUAAGAGUUGAAAUGGAGGAUGAAGAUGGUACUUGUUUAUUUGAUGUUUUGUGUGACCCUCAAGCCCUGAAUGAUUUUCUUCAUGGGACAAACGAGCUGCCAAGUGGAGACUUACUCCUUAAUUCAUCCUCUGGAGAGCCCUCACUCUUCACAGACACUCCAAGCCCUGCAUCUCUGUUAGCAGAUGAUGCAAGUUCUCAGGACACUCCUGACUCUGGAUGUUUAGAUCUGGCCUUUCUGGAGGAGGCUCUGCUUGCAUCACCGGUAUCAUCUUUAGGAAGUGAAGAGGCACAAGAAGAUCCCAAUGUCCACUUAGUGGAACAGCGGAAAGAGUCAGAAGAGAUCUGUGACAUUCUCCAGCAGAGUCUCCAAGAGGCGGACAUCACUGAGGACACUCUUGCUUUAGAGGCAGGACUUGCCCAAACAGCUGAGACUCUCCAGCUCGGUUUGUCUGAUGCAUCCCUUCCUUUGCCUGCAACACCAUAUUUCUCCAAACCAUUGACCAUGCCUGGCUUGAUCUCUUUACCAAAGGACACACAAACAGCAGUGGAGCCUCCUCAGCCAUCUUUGUUAGCUGUUGGUCCAGGCUGCCCCUCACUCAAGCCUCCAGGAACCCAGUUAAUGAGUCUACUUCCUGGGAAUGUCUUCCCCACACCUCCGCUCAAGGCAUCCUUUUCUAUUAAUUCAGCACAAAGGACCAGCAUGAUUACCCAAAAGACCCUGCCAAGCCUCACAAGCUGCCAGAUGUUGGCCUCUACCGUUAAAACAAUUUCUCCAUCAGUGGUCAUGUUACAAAAAACUCCUCUACACAUUCAGCCCAAGUUACCUUUCAACAUCCAGCCCAGGCUUGUACAGAUCAGUCCCAGGCCAUCAGGACCGAACCCAUUGCCAGGAUUUGCCUUUAUCUCAGCAAAUACAACACAGAGUGUCUUGCUAUCCACUUCUGUUAACUCAAAGCAGUCCUUGCAAGCACAGUCCGCACCAAGUGUUAGAAAACCUGUUAGCUUUAAUUUGGUUGGUCAGGGAGGCCCCAUUGUCAUUCAGCCCCAAGAUCCUUUUCAGGAUCAGAGACAAUUCUUUCUGCCCAGCCAAACACCUGCAACCAUGACUACAAGCAUUUCAAGGUGUCUUCUUAGCACACCAAGCAAUCAGAUGUCUAACAAACCCAACAUUGACAGUUCUCAAAUUGUGACUAUACAGCCAAGGCAAAUAAACUUGAGCCCUAUUUUCACUUCUCCAACUGGACAACUCACCCUCAAACAUGGGGAACUUCUAUCAGGGUCUUUACCGAUUCGGCCAACACCUCCUGCAGUCUUCCAGAUGCCAACACAGCUAGCAGGGACCUAUGCACCUCAAGUGCAGGUACAGCAUGAUGCUGUUGUUCAAAACACAGUCAGAAACCAGAUCAGAUUGAUUAAUAAUGCUAAUAUGCUCCUUCCUGACAUGACCACCACACCAAUAGGGAAUGGUGAGUCAGUGAUAGAAAGAGCUCUGGUAGGGAGACCUGAGGGGAAGGUGAGUCUUACCCAGAAUUCAGUGCCUCUCUCACCUGAGAAAACAACAGAAGAUGAGGAGAAAGUCAACAAAUUGCUUCAAGAGAGCAGAUUGCCUCCUCAAGCUUCAGUGGAAGCACCCAUUGUAGAGAUUCACUUUCAUCCCUCUCCAGUAUCAACUCUUCUACUGUCAAAACCAGAUGUUAGUUGUACUCCGGAGCCAGUUCUGUCAUUACCCCCACAACUGAUCACCCAAACAGAAGAGCAACAAUUUACUGAAGGAGAGCAUAAUCCAUUGUAUCACAAUCAGGGAUCAAUACUUCUUCCUCAACAGAAUCCACUUAAACCGUCAGCCACCCAAGAGACCUUAGCUACAACUCUGCUUGUGCAAAUGGACAACAUCUCUACUGCCACAGGUGAAACUGAGGAUUCACUUACACCUUUGACUGCACCUGAGACCUUUUCUGCCUCUUGUGAGAGUAAAGAGAUUCCUUUGCCAGUGUACCAUUCCUCAGAGCACAGUGACAUUGUACUACAAUCUCCUACUGUAAAGACCACAAGCACAGACUCCAUGAUAGGCUCAACACCCCCAGCCCCAGAUGAGCUGGAUUCCUUUAUGUCGAUUGCUCUUUGUGCUGAACCCAAGUGGCAGGAGGGGCCUAUAAAGAAGAUCAACAGUGGGAUAAUCUCUUUGGACCACCAUGACUUAAGGGAGAUGGGAUACCUGGAUUCCCAGGACAAAGAGACCUACUCAGCACUUCAGAAGAAGGUUAAGACACCAAUUGCAUGCAGUCCGGAGGAGAAACUGACACUAGAAAAGAGGCAACACAUGGUCAAACAGCAGCUAUUUUUGGACCACAGUGCUGUUCUCAGUCCAAACACUUUGGCUCCAUUUGUUUCAGUGGAGGAUGCUGUCAGACAUUUGCUGCCCUACCAUACUUGUGCUAGAGCUCUACCCAGCCAGACUGACUUUAUCUCAGUGGACAAGCAGUUUGAGUGUUUUUCAGUUGUUCUGUUGAAACGAACCAAAGACAUGCUAAACAAGUACAGGCAACUACUCCUGUCAGAAUCCCAGCAGGACAGUCCAUCAGCAGAGAUGGUGAUGCUAGAGCGUUUGUUUCUGCAGUCAGAGAGACUCUCACUGGGCGAGGACAAACGACGAGCCAGAAGAGAUCCAGCAGAGUCCUUCCUGAUGUCAAGGCCUAAGAACUCAUCGCAGCACAGUCAAGUGUUAUCUGUCCAGACUGGUCUUUCCGGUUGUCCUCCAUCUCCACCAUCGUGGACCUUGCAAUCUGACAGACCUCCUGGCCUCAAGACAUAUCGCUCCAGCAGCAGAGGAGCACUACGCCUCACUAUCAAACAUGAGUCCGGAUCCCGCAAAGUCAUCCACAACUCUGCAUGUGAUGCCUCGAAUGCCAUCUCUGGGUAUAAACGAAACUACAGCGGGCAGUUAACUAGGGGAGGCAUCAUGCAGGGGAAAGAUGAAUCCCUCAAGCCCCCUUUGUCAAAUGUCGAAGAGAACGAAAAUUAUCUAAACAAGCUGAAAUUACACCCUGACAAGGAAACAAUUAGGACGGGUAGCGAUUCACAGAACCACUCUGAAUCUGUGGCCAUAGCAGAUUACGUAGCUUCAAGGGCGCAAGGCUUACUUCCAGAGCAGUGCACUCCAGUGCUUAAAAGGAACAGGCUGGUUGCUUCGGCAGAAGAGUCUCCAAGUUUGCCUACACUAGUAGAGGAAGGGGAACUGAGUGAACACCUGCAAAGUGCUAUAGACAGCAUCCUGGAGCUGCAAAGGUUGCAGGGUUCUGCAAUAGGGGUUAAACCCAAGAUUCAACAGCCUCAUGCACUGGAUCAGGCAAUUAGCAGCAUGCUAGAAGGACAACUAUAAGAGGGAGAGGAAAGAAGUGUAAGAUGAACAGAAAAGCUUCGGGAUUCACCAAUCUUUUGCUAGAAACGUUGCGGUAGCACAUUAUUUUACAGCACUGCUCCCCAUUUUCAUACUAUGUACUUAUUAUGUACUGGGUAAUAACCCUGAACCUAAGUCAUGUGCUUACCUUAUAUUACCCAGUACUUUCUUAGGUAAAUACACUGUAAAUACAUAUAAGUGCAUAUGCUGUAAAAGGUCAAGGUUACUCUAAUUUUAUUUGUUGUUCCUGAGCAAGAAAUCCUAUUUAUUAUUAUUUAUUGUGUAAAUAGAGCGAAUAGAAUUCUGGGAAGUUUUUGGAACCUUUUUUGUGGAGAUACAUUACAGUAAUCUAUAGCCUUCUAUUAGUUUAAGGCAAGAUAAAAGCAUAAGUGCAGUUUGGCUGUUUGUACAUGCCUUUUUAAUGUGAAUGUGUCUAUAAUAAGACUAUUCCUCAUUUGAUGGGGACUUAGGUCUGUUUGACGUUUGGUUAUUUUGAAUGCUCCUUAUCUAAACUCUGGAGCUCCCAAAGAACCAAACCAGAGUACACUUGAAAAGGCAGCUUGGUGUGCGGGUCAUGUAGAAUUGAUCUGGCCCAACAGCCUUAACCUGUGAAAACCGCCUUGUACAGCAAAUGUGAGAUUGUAUCAAGGCGAAUUGCUUGGUCCAAACUGGUUCAGAAAACACCAGCCAGAUAUACUGAUGUCAAGUAGACUUUCACACUAGAGUUCAGUGCACCAUCAACUCAGUGGCCACGUGUUGUAUGCCCAGACAGGACACAGAAUGUGUAGCUUCCAGCUUGUUUACCCCCAAAGAAAAUAUACUGUAUUUUCACCAGCUGAAAUCACCAGAUGUAAGAAAUUCAUUAAUCAUAACCACAGACUGAAAAUGUAAAGGUUGACAGGACCUCCACGGGGCAAGCGGCAGAUAUUAUGUAUGCCUUAUUCCAGUGGUGUCCAAACCUGUUCCUGAAGGGCCACUGUGCAGUAGAGGCAAGUGUGUUGGGAGUUAAAGGGGUCAUGAACUGGCUUUUUACAUUUUAUUAUAUUGUUUUCUGAGGUCAACUUAUGACGUUCGCUUGGUUUUUGCAUUCAAAAACAUCAGAAUGAAUAAGUAAUAGGCUAUUUUCUACCCUAGUUUUGAGCCUAUGUCAAAAACGCUGGGUUUUAAUGGGCGUCUCUCGCACUGAAGACUUAGAAGUAAACGCCCACUGCUGUGAGUGGAUAACAGUUCUGCAUAUUAUA